UUAUACAUAUAAUAUACGUGCUGUUUUUAUUAUUGGAUUAUAAUAUAUUCUACAAUUUCAUAAGGGAAUUUUCUAUCAAAAAACUUUAAAAAAUCGAAAUCUUUAAUUUCGCUAAAUCUAUAUAUUUUUAAAACGAAGGUCAAAUUAGUAAUAUUUGUGCCUUUAACAUAAUAAGAAAAGGUGAAAGGUGAAUUUAUCGUGAAACGAUGCGAUUUUUGGCAGAAGGAGAGCCACUAUAAAAUUCGAAACGAUUCUUAGUAUGGAUAUCAGUCUUUCAAUCGAGACUAGUCAUCUACAGAUCUACCUCCAAAAUGAAAACCAUUGUUGUUAUUUUUGUUCUGGUUGUCGUUGUUUCCGCUGCGCCUCAAGAAAUAGUCCUUGUUAAAGAAACUCCUUCUGACAAUGUUGGACUUGGUGGUUAUAAUUAUGGUUUCCAACUUUCCGACGGUCAAGUUAAACAGGAAUCUGCAGAAGUGAUCGAAGGAGGAACUGAUAGUCAAUUCUUACGAGUUCGAGGUACCUUCUCUUUUGUUGAUCCACAAACUAAUGUUGCAUAUACUGUAAAUUAUGUUGCCGAUGACACUGGUUUCCAUCCACAAGGAGAACAUCUUCCAUAAGUUUAAAUUUUUCAAAUAUUU